AAGAACAUGGAUGUGAUGUUCUGUGGACUCUGUGGUACCGAGGGGUGCUCGAUUGUUCUAUCCUGAAAUCAUCCACAGCUAUAAGGAAAUAUACCACGCUGCUAAUCUGCGAUGUCACACUGCUAAUGCUGUGAUCAUUGAGGAAAUACCACAUUGCUGAUCCGUUAUGUCACAUUGAUACAUUGCAUAGCUUGUGGCCGCCGCGAAGGAUUUACAAUGGGGAUACAUAUGCCUAGGAUGCGCUCCAGUUCUGGACACUGCUGCCUGUGUGUCGUGGGAGUGUUCAUGUUUCUGGCUGGUAUUAUUAUGAUAUCCAUUGGAGUAUGUCUCAUUUUAAAUUAUGGAUUAUUCGAUUCAGCGUUGCUCCCGCCAGAACUUCAAAACGAUGAAGGCAAAAAGAUCAUCGGUAUUGUAUUAACAGUGUCUGGAUUUCUGGCUGCAAUGAUCAGUAUAUCAGUAAGUUCAUAUUACUUGUGCCUACAAGGUAAGACGCCAUCUGUUCAACCUCAUCAACUUUCUUCGCUACCUAAUAGUUCACGUUCUGCCUCUAAAGGACCUCAUAAAGCUCGUAAUGGUGUUUCGGUGAAAAGUCGAGCACCAGGUGCAGAUACAAACAAGGUAGCUUCCAUGCAUUCGAAUCCCAUGCCAGUUAACAAUCGCAUGAGGAAAAAGAUGAAACGCAGCAAAUUGGGAUUAAAAAAUAAACCCCGUCUGGCGGGUAUUCAGGAGGAUAGUCUGUCCCGGAAGCAGUCUGAGCAUGACAUGUCGGCCAUGGUUGAGUUGGCUGGUGAGGAGGACACGCCCAGGAGCGAAAAGAGUCGGGAAUUGGCUGGAGAAACAUGCAUAGGUGUUGACAAUCCUGUCUUCAGUAUAGAUGGGGUGGAAAACUUUCCAGGUGCUGUCACAGUAAUGGAGUCUGAUGUGACUCAAGACAAUUCCUCAUCGGAAAGUGGAUACACAGAUUCCGUAAAUACAGGGUCAAUCGACAAAGACGAUUUUGAGGAUCAAGUGAAAAUAUUAACUCAGUGACUCUCUGCUCAGAACAAUCACCAGGUUAUCAACUUGUUACCAUACUGCUGAGAAAUGUAAUGUAAACAAUGUGCAAAUCAUUUUGAAAGCUUCAUAUUUAUUUAUGUUGACUGUUUGUCGGUGAGCAGUGCUGCCGCUGGCACUCUAGAUCUGUUGGUCCUGUUUGUAGUGCUUCUGUAUCUGGAUGUGCAUCGACAAAGACUUUUUAUCUGAGCAUGGUAAGCUUGUACUAUGUGGGCUAAAUGGCUGGAUAUUUUCAAUGGGAUAUUCUUGAAAAUUCACCUUUACGUGGAUGUUCGGACAUGCUUUUGGCGGGUCCACAUAUCAGCUGCAAAAACACUAGAGAAACAAUAGAAUCCGUUUAUUUUGAAAUGACACCUAGCCACUCACCCAUACUAAAGAAAGUAAGGUAUUUGAAUAUUAAUUCUGAAAUGAUGAUGACCACACUUUAUAUAUGGAAGAGAAAUAUUAUGAGAAAUAUUAUUUCACUUCUGUGUUACUAACUAAAUCAUAUAAUUAAUAAGUAUGCAAAUGAUACAAUGCAAUAAGUGUUUACAAUGCAACAAAGAUAAUACCUUCACAUCCCAUUUCUCCAAUUACCUAAUUAGUUAGUCUAUGUAUUUAUUCAUACUCUAUAUUACUAGUGUGUUUGAAUUCUGGUGAUACAUGUAACUCUAUAUCAUCACAAAUCAAAUGUAAAGACCUGUACAUGCAUGUACAUAGAAUUACCUAGGUUAAUGUAAAAGAUGGGUUUUUUGAUUAUCGGACGCAAUUCUGUGAUCAUUAUAUAUGGAUCUAUAGACUCAUUUACACUGAUCAGCACAUUGUACAUACUCAAUGUACAGUCUGUAAGCAGAACAAUGCAUUUCACACCAAAGUUCAAUACAUAAUUAGUAUGUAUACUUGGUCUUACAAAGAAAUUAUCAGAAAACUAAAACAGAAUCCUUUCACUACAGAUAAAUUGCAAAACUUUUGUUAGUUGAUACUUUUUCUAUUUCAAUAGUUAUUCAAACGUUUUUGUGAGUGUAAUGUUUUCAUUCUAAAGGUGUUUUUUGAUCAUACUUGCAGGUGUGAUAAGUGAAAAUAAUAUACAUACAUGUACACUGCAGGUUCACUUUUCUGUUCAGUGUGUUAAACACAUAUCUUUGUUAUACAGCAUGGCCAUGACAAAAUCAAUUAUCGGCAUCCAAAACGAUAACAAAAUCAACUGUAUAUAUACCGGGUAUACAUUUAUAUAUAUAAAGGUGUCUUAUAGAUGAAAUCCUGUGCAGAGGUUAAGGUUGAAGGUCGUUAUAUGUGUAAAUAAGUCAAUCAAAUGUUAAUACUAGUACAGUACUAGGUCUAAUUCCGAGCCAUGAGAUGUAUUACCAGUGAUAGAGUAAUAUUUCACACAUAAUUUAUUAUUGAUAAUGUAUAGAACCACAGAUUGAAUACAUUUUUAUAGUAGAACCCUGUUAAUUUGACUCCAAAAUUUAUUAAUACCGCUUAUAACUCCAAUAUACAAAUUGUACCUAAAUAUAAGAUUGUUUAUAUAGAUAAAUAUCUUCCUGUUUCAUAUUUUUUCAUUCGUAACUGGAAUACUGUUCAAUAAGAUUAUUUCAAAUAGUUUUUGUGAUAAAAGAUAAGUUCCCACUGAUUGUUGGAAAUUUUUCACUGCAUAAAAAACCUC